UUAGAAUUCAGUCUCAGCUACAGCAUUUCAUAGUCAAAUGGUGUAGGUGCUGAGCUGUGUUUUGUCGUUAAGGUUAAAAAAAUAAUAAAAUAAAUAAUAACAAUAAUAAAAUGCAGUUAACAUUGAUUACAGCUGGUGUGUUUUGGUGUACUGUCGUUGAAAUAGCUAAUGCGGGAGAAUGUGAAGUAUGCAUUGGAUUUUUGGGAAGGUUUUACCAAACAUUGAAAGCCAAGCCUGCAGCUUUCACACCAGCCAUUGUAGAAAAGGAGCUGAUUUUAGCAUGCAGGGAUACCAAAGGAAAAGAAAACAGACUGUGUUAUUAUUUGGGAGCAACAAGUGAUGCUGCUACAAAGAUGACCAGUGAAGUGACCCGUCCAAUGAGCUCCCAUGUGCCUGUACAAAAAAUCUGUGAAAAACUACAAAAGAAAGACAGUCAGAUAUGUGAACUGAGAUAUGAAAAGCAGCCACUGGAUUUCAGCUCAGCUGGCUUGUCUAAACUGAAGGUAGCGGAGCUGAAGAGCAUUUUGGAUUCCUGGGAAGAGAUGUGCAAAGCAUGCAUUGAGAAAAAAGACUUUGUAAAUCUGAUCCAAGAGCUCGCUCCGAAGUAUACCAGCAGGAGACACAGCUUCCAGUCAGACCUGUGAGAAGCACUGUGCACUUUACAACCGAGUCUGUCGAAACAUGAAAGACUUUCAUAUUUUAUUUAAACACAGUGAACUCCAGCUGGGUGAGACUGUGGUCUUUCUUAAUGUAAUGUGUCAACUGAGGUUGACAGUGUUUACUAUAUUUUGAAAAUGAUCACAUUUUGUCAGUCAUGAAUGUCUUAUUUUAGUUACAGUGGUAAUUCACACAGCUCAGGUAUGUCAUGUUUCAUUUAACUAUUAAACUCUAUCAUGAGUAAAUACAAUUAAAAAAAUUCAGGGGUAAGAGAUGUACAGUAUAGCAAAUGUACAACAUUUAAGGUAAUAGUAUUAAGAUCCACCAUUGUGAGCUCCUCCUGUCUUAUUCUAUGUAAUUUUCUAUCUGUACAUACUUAAGUAUUGUCUGACAAGCUGCAGUUUAUUCAGGUGUUUGUAUCUUGACACCAAGGCUAAAACACCUUCUGUAAACUAUGUAAUACAUUUCUGCUUUGUGUAUUGCUAUAUGUGUUAUCAUAUUUGUGAUAUUCAAUAAGUACAUGCAGACAUUUUUAACAAUUGGUAUUUUAAUGAAAACACUGAAUUACUAUAUACGACAUAUUGCAUGUACCUUUCUCCCAAGUAACUACAUUUUUUAAUGCCGGUGUAUCAUUAUAACAAACUACAGUACAACACUAGAGGGAGCUAUAAACAGCUUUAACAUACAUUGCUUUUAUAAAAUAAAGGUGGAAAAGUCUCUAAAAAGUGAUAUAUUACACCAAUAAGAAUAGUGAUUUUCUUAAGCUUUCUAUGAAAAAGUAAUUAUACUGCACUAAAGAUUUGAAUUUGAAUGAAUCUACCUAACAAGCAGCCAGUAUUGCAAGGUUCUGUAAUGCCAGGGAAAAACAUGCAAGUUGAAACCUGACCAUUGUCUCUGUAACUGAUAUGGACCUAUUUCAUUUUCAAGCUUGGCAUGGGUGUGAAAUAAUGUAAACUGACCUUCCAUAUUGUGCCUUUUACCAGCCUAUCUGAUUUAGAAUUCAGAUAAUACAGCAGGAUGGAUUACCCUUCAUAUUAAAUAGGUAAUAUGGAGUCAGACCCUGUGUGUGUCUUUUCACUUAGCAAUACUGCUAAUUCAGUUUAUGUUUGACAAAUCAGGAAAAGUCAGAACAUAUUUGAAUAAUCUGCUAAAAAAGAUGUAGAAGCCCACCAGUCUGCCGUACUAAAAGAUAAAGUAUAUACAAAAAUGUUGCUCUGUACAUGUGAUUAGAUUCACAAUAGUUUAAACAUAAUUUUGUGUUGUAUGACGUACUGUAAUCAUCUUUUUUGUAAUUUUUUGUAAAGAAAAAAGCAUAUACAUAUAUGGCUUGUGACUCAGAACAACAUGUUAGAUUGAUUUGAAAAUGUGUAUAUGCCUUCAUAAUGGUGGUGGUGGUGGUGGAAUGACACUGUUAUAACAAAGCGUUCCCCCAAGACACAAAACACUUAAAAUAGAUCUACAAUUAAAAUAAUUUGCGAUUGCUGCGAUUUGCUAUUUUAGGCAAACACCCUUCCACUUUAAAAUGUUCCUUGUCAUAUGACAUGCAAAUACAACAUCACAGUACACCGAACAGUGCAAAGUCUGCCUGAUAAGGCUGAAUAACCUUAACAAAACUUAACAAUACUGGCUUGUUUUUUUAUUAAUCUUUUCGUGCAUGUUUUUUUUGAUAAAUCGGAAGUUCACUGAACAUUUUGUUGUAUUAACCUGUUGUGUCCAUGGAUAGACACUUGGAUUAUAUUGAUAGUUUCUUAUCUAGCUGAUGUAAACAUAGGAACUAGUAUAAUAAACACUGAGAUAAAUAGUAGUAAAAAAAUAAAUAAAAAAAACUUGGAUGAGUUUACUUUAGCAACCCCAGAAUAUAAUAGAAUAUUUGAUCUUGUGUUACCUGACUGCUAAACCCUUGAAGAUAAUAAACAAGCUUGUAAAUGA